CCAAACGACGCAACGCCACCAAACCCGCGACGAUCCGAAUUCCCAAGAGUUCACGCUUCUCCUCGCCGUCGUCCUCGCCCCGGCGCCGUCAACGCCCCGAGCCCGACCGGCCCCCUCUCGCGCCGUCGAAGAAAAUGCACCUGUGGCCGUCGCUCCGGAUCCGGGACUCGUUCAAGCAUGGGUACCUGCAGAAGCUGGAGCUCAACCUCGGUCACAUGAAGCGCGCGCAGCGGGGACAGGGGCAGAAGGGCGAGGGCCAGGACGACCAGGACGGCCAGGCCGGCGACGGGGAGGCGCCGCUGCUCCAGGACCGCUCGCCGCCGGGGUCCGUGCUGGCCGGCACGCUCGAGCUCGCCUGGGACGCCGUCUUGCUCCUCACGUGCUGCUUCUGCUGCUUCUGCUGUGGAGCUUGUAGUGAUGAGGAGGAUCACCCAACUGCCCGCUGAGAAGCGCCUUCAGGAGCCUGACAAUUCGUCAGAUCAGGGGAAACUAGAUAAUUUAUGGACCCGUAGUGAAUUGCAGCCAAAUAUUUUCUGGCAGUUUUGUACAUAUGGAUUUUUCGGUUGCUCCUUGAUGGGGCCUAUAGAUGUCGCUGGCAAACGGAUAAAGAUCCUCCAAUUUCUUUCUCUAGCAAAAUUCCGUUUUGUAGGAUUUUUCUUUGUGUAAUCAGUUGUAUGAUUGUAUCUAUGUUCAGGAUGCGUGCAAUUGCCGUUAGCCCUCUCA